AUGAGAUUUACUUCGCUGCGCGGCAGGCCAGGGGUAAUCUACUCCGAUAACGGAAGAAACUUCGUCGGAGCGAGCAGAGAGCUCACCGAACUCCGGAAAAUUUACAACGAUGAGAAUUUCCAGAACAAAUUGGUUGAAAUUGCAGCGGGCAAGGGAAUAAACUUCUCCUUCAUUCCACCUAGGAGCCCCAACUUUGGAGGGUUCUGGAAGGGUAAUAUCAAAGUCAAGAAGCGCUUGUUUGCCGCAGCAGCCCGUGGAGCCUGUUUCAACAUUUUGGAGUUGAAGACUGUGCUCUACCAGGUUGCGGCGAUAAUGAACUCUCGUCCUUUAACCGCGGUCUGGUCGGACCCCAGCGUGCCACAGCCGCUAACCCCUGGUCACUUUCUCAUCGGGAGACCCAUGACGGCUCUACCCAUCCCAAUCAAACUGAUCGAAAACGGUAACCUUUCAAUACGCUGGAAGUGCAUUCAGUGUCAAACCCUGCAAUUUUGGAACAAGUGGCAAGAUGAAUACUUGCAACACCUGCGCUGCGUAGCUAAGUGGACCAAACGACAGCCUAAUUUGGAAAUUGGAUAA